AUGACAUUUCCAGUUCAGAAGUCGACGUUGCCUUUCUGGCGGACGGAGCUUCACCCACUAGAUACUCACCGCAGCACCGAGGAGCUGCCGUCUGAGGCCGACGUUGUCAUAAUUGGAGCUGGCUACUCAGGAGCCUCUAUAGCACAUCACUUGCUGGAGAAGAGCAAAGCAUCGAACAAGCCACUGUCAAUCGCGAUCGUCGAGGCAAGAGAGGCUUGUUCUGGUGCGACUGGACGAAAUGGCGGCCACCUAAAACCGGAUCCUUACAUGCGUGCUGCAGGCGCCCUGCAAAAGUACGGCAAGGAGGCUGCAGAAGAAGUCGCCUCAUUCGAAGCUCGGCAGGUUAAGGAGAUCAAAGACCUCGUCGAAAAGGAAAGCAUCGACUGCGACUUCGUCGUUACGAGGGCUUCUGAUGUUUGUCUUUACGAAGAUGCGCACCAAGAGUUGAAGAGAGGACUGCAACAGUUGAAGAAAGCUGGUGUUUCGACCGCUGACGGGGUGUUCUACAGUGAUUCGAGGACGGCUGAAGGGGUCUCCGGCGUCAAAGGCGCGAAGGGCUGCUUCUCAUACCCGGCCGGCCAUGUCUGGCCCUACAAGCUCGUGCUCCACCUCCUUUCCAAGGCAGUCUCAGCAGGGGUCAAUCUCCAGACUACCACACCUGUGACUUCUGUGACAUCAGCCGACAAUGGGAAGUGGAACGUGAACACAAGUCGCGGUUCUAUAAGAGCUUCGAAAGUGAUUUAUGCCAGCAACGCUUAUACGUCGUCGUUAUUGCCGGAGUUCAAGAAGAGCAUUGUUCCUGUCAGAGGCAUCUGUAGUCGGAUUGUUGCGCCGAAAGUCGAUGCCCCUUUUCUGUCGAAUAGCUAUAUUCUGCGGAUAGCACCAGGGGAGUAUGACUACCUCAUUCAUCGCACAGAUGGAAGCAUCGUCGUUGGAGGCGCGAGGAGAGACUUCUUCAGCCAACUAGAUCAAUGGUACAACGUUACCGACGAUAGCAAACUUAUCGAGCCCGCCAAGCACUACUUCGAUAACUACAUGCAACGGCACUUCAAGGGCUGGGAAUCCAGCGGCGCCUAUACCGACAAAGUCUGGACAGGCAUUAUGGGCUACUCGUCCGACGGCUUUCCGCACAUAGGUGAAGUGCCUGGCAAAGCUGGGCAGCUCAUUUGCGCGGGCUUUUCGGGUCAUGGCAUGCCUCAGAUAUACCUGUCUGCGAAGGCGAUUGCGGAUAUGGUUGUGAACGGGCAGGCGGUGGAGGAAGUGGAUUUGCCGAGGGUUUAUCGGACAUUGAGGGAAAGGUUGGAGGACGAGGGCAAUGUCACGUUGGAGAGUUGGGCGAAGGUUACGAAGAAGGCUGUGCCGCCGAAGUUGUAG